GCGCUGCCGGCGGCCCGGUCGCUCCCGCUGCAACUAUUCGCCGGCUCGCUGUGCCCUGCCAGCUGGGCCUCGGCCGCCCUGGUCUCGGCGGCCUCCCGGGCCGCCGCUGGUGACCACUCGCCGCGCCGCCGGAGGCUUCACCCGCGCCCUCCCCCAGGACGCGCCCGCGGAGCUCGGGCCCCCUCGCCCCGGACGCGGAGGCCGCGCUGCGCGGGGCGGCGGCGAGGCCGGAAGAUGGCCUGGGUGCUCAAGAUGGACGAGGUGAUCGAGUCCGGGCUGGUGCACGACUUCGACGCCAGCCUUUCGGGGAUCGGGCAGGAGCUGGGCGCCGGCGCCUACAGCAUGAGUGAUGUGUUGGCAUUGCCCAUUUUCAAGCAGGAAGAUUCCAACCUUCCAUUGGAUGGUGAAACAAAAAACCCUCCCUUUCAGUAUGUGAUGUGUGCUGCAACAUCACCAGCAGUCAAACUGCACGACGAGACACUCACUUACCUGAACCAAGGCCAGUCUUAUGAAAUUCGGAUGUUGGAUAAUCGGAAAAUGGGAGAUAUGCCAGAGAUCAGUGGAAAAUUGGUAAAGAGCAUCAUAAGGGUUGUAUUCCAUGACAGACGACUGCAGUACACGGAGCAUCAGCAACUUGAAGGCUGGAAGUGGAAUCGCCCAGGAGAUAGACUGCUCGAUUUAGAUAUUCCAAUGUCUGUGGGAAUAAUUGAUAGAAGGACAAAUCCAAGCCAGUUAAACGCAGUUGAAUUUCUGUGGGACCCUGCAAAACGCACAUCUGCUUUCAUUCAGGUGCACUGCAUCAGCACAGAAUUUACUCCACGGAAACACGGAGGUGAGAAGGGAGUGCCUUUUAGAAUUCAGGUUGACACCUUUAAGCAGAAUGAAAAUGGGGAAUACACUGACCAUCUUCACUCGGCUAGCUGCCAGAUCAAAGUUUUUAAGCCCAAAGGUGCAGACAGGAAACAAAAAACUGAUCGAGAAAAGAUGGAGAAGAGAACCGCUCAUGAAAAAGAAAAGUAUCAGCCAUCAUAUGAUACCACAAUCCUCACAGAGAUGAGGCUUGAGCCUAUAAUUGAAGAUGCAGUUGAACAUGAGCAGAAAAAGUCCAGCAAGCGGACUUUGCCAGCAGACUACGGUGAUUCUCUGGCAAAGCGAGGCAGUUGUUCUCCAUGGCCUGACACCCCCACAGCCUACGUGAAUAACAGCCCUUCCCCUGCGCCCACUUUCACUUCUUCCCAGCAGAACACUUGCAGUGUGCCAGACAGCAAUUCUUCUUCCCCAAAUCAUCAGGGAGAUGGAGUUUCACAGGUAUCUGGUGAACAAAUUCAGCCUUCAGCUACACCCCAGGAAACACAGCAGUGGCUUCUCAAAAACAGAUUCUCUUCCUACACAAGACUGUUUUCUAAUUUUUCAGGUGCCGACUUAUUAAAACUGACAAAGGAGGAUUUAGUUCAAAUUUGUGGUGCAGCCGAUGGAAUUCGGCUCUAUAAUUCACUGAAGUCAAGGUCGGUUAGGCCGCGCUUAACCAUCUAUGUCUGCCAGGAGCAGCCGAGUAGCACACCGCUGCAAGGGCAGCAGCAAGCUGCAGGCGGUGGAGGCGAGAGUGGCAGUGGGACACCCUACGUUUAUCAUGCAAUCUACCUGGAAGAAAUGGUUGCCUCAGAAGUUGCUCGAAAACUUGCGUUGGUGUUUAAUAUUCCUUUCCACCAAAUUAACCAGGUUUACAGACAGGGUCCCACUGGUAUUCACAUUCUUGUUAGUGAUCAGAUGGUUCAGAACUUUCAAGAUGAGAGUUGUUUUUUAUUCUCCACAGUAAAAGCUGAAAAUAAUGAUGGUAUCCACAUAAUCUUGAAGUGAUCUCUUACAUAGAUUGAACUAUAUUCAGUACCAAAUAAAGUCACACUUUAAACGUGUGUGAAGACUGAAUCCAAGAAGUCUUGGGAUUGGAUUUUACUGAAUGAAAUGUUUCAUAUUGAAAACACAAGAUGACCUUUCUUACGAGCUGAUAUGCGAGGCAGACCUCCUCCCUGUCAUAGCUGAAGCCCAGCAUUCUCAUGAGAGCGAGCGGAUCGGGGCAGCUGUAUCCAGCUCUGGAGGCCGUGCUGCAGGUGCAGCUUCGUGCUUCUGGCGGAAGCCAGUCCAUGUGGUUCCCAGAAGCUGCCUUUGUUGGCUCCUUACACUGUAUGUGGUUUGGAAAUGAAUGUAGAAACUUACUGUGGGCAUUUACUUUCUGGGCCAGUUUGGCUUCUGUUGCCUGAACCUAACACAGACCUGGGGAGGAGAUGGGGGACAGGGCUACUGUGGAGCCAGAAUGGAAAAUGUCUCAGAGACGCUGUGCUGAUGUGGCCUUGGUGGCCCGGUAAGCGGCUCGGCGCCUUCUUGUAAGGAAUCAUGUCUAAGGGUGUGCGUCUGAUGGGAUCAUGGCAGACCAGGGAAGACUCAAGCCAGGAAGAUGGGCUUUGAAGCUAACUGCAUUAUCAGGAGUACCUUGGUAAGAGGAUCAUUGUAAAUCCUAAUAGGUACAAAGACUUGUAUUUUGCUUUGUCACUGAUUUAUUGAAAAACUUCUUUUGCUUCUGCUUCCGAAAGCAUUUUAGUUUCUGGUUUUCCUACCCCUCCUGUGGUUUUCUGUCUCAUUUUCCUCCCCUUCUCCAUCUUUGGUCCCCUCUGUUCUUAAGUGUUUUUAAAAGCCCUGCCCUAGAUGUUGGAAAUUGGUGACAUAAGAAGGGGUGACAAAGUGUUGUUGAUAACUUCUGACUUGGUGUUAAGGGAUCUGUUUUGAACAAGAUUAAAAUCCAUGAGAACACUUAAGUGUCAUAAACACUAAAAUACCAUAAAAAUCCGGUUUGUCUCACUUCAAAUAAUGAGCUUCAGUACAAUCAUGGAUAAACAUUUUGGUGAUUUAGGAGCUUUUAAUACACCAAAUAAUGGUUUCUUUUUCUGUAAAAUAGUGUGUCUCAAAAUCAAAUGUGUGUCUGCUAGCAUACUUUUUUUCAAAGGGAAUCUACUAUUUUCACUUUUUCCUCCUACUGCCUUUAUCGCCUUCACCCAAAGCAUCCCAGAAUUCAUUAGAAAGCAUUUUUGAAGCCAGUGGUAUAUCAAGACUGAAUUUUUUUAAAAAAACAAACUUUUAUUCCAUUUUAAUUAUAGCAUCUCUGUCCACUUGGCAGUUUUAGCUUUGGAUGUACUAUUUGAUCCCCAUCCUUGUUCAGGUGGAAAUAGGAACGAUUAAGUUUGGGUUCUCUCCCAGGUGACAAAGCUCCUUCAGUGAGUAAACGCUUUCCUAUUCAUAAAAGUGGCUAAUGACUCGCUACAAAGAAGCACUGUCUCAGUAGCCAGGUUUGGAAAUACCUGUGACUCCUACAGACCUGUAGGAGGAGAGCUUGCCUUUUUGGUCCUCCCUUUGUUUUUGUGUGACCAUGUUUUCUGUAAGUCACUUGGGAAAGAAGUGAACUUCCCUUAAUUGUUUUAGAAAGUUUUGCUUGUCUAUUUAGCAUUCUUUUUUGGGACUCAUGAUUUAUGGAACAGUAAAUGUCAUUGAAUGCUGUGUGCUAUUUGAAAUCCUUACCGGGUUUUAGACGUGGGAUAAAAAAUAUUUACAAGCUUAUCAGAUUUGAAAUUACACCCAGUGGCAUUAGAACAUUAUAGUCUGUCCAGAGAAACAGGUUAAAUAAAUCAUGGCACCAGCAAAUUUGCUACUUUGUUUUUUUAAUAGUAGGAUGUACACAUUUCAGUAUAAUAAAUGUUUUCCGAUUGUUUUGCAAA